AUCUCUGUCCUUUGGUCUUCUUCUUCUUCUUCUCUCUGCUUGCACGAGGUGGGUAUCCAAAUGGAAGACACGACUUCAGAAGCCAUGAGCUUACUCCCUCCAGGAUUCAGAUUCCAUGCCACAGAUGAGGAGCUUCUGCUCCUUUACUUGAAGCCCAAGAUCCUCGGACAACUCGACGAACCCUACUACAACAUAAUUCCGGAGAUCGAUUUAUGCGAAUGGGAACCAUGCCAAUUGCCCGCCAUGUUCGAUUGCAUGCUUAAAGGGAAGGAGCUGUUCUUCUAUUGCCGAGUGAAGCAUAAGUACUUGAACAGCAGGCGGUCCGACCGCACGACCAGAACAGGUUACUGGAAAGUGACGGGCAAGGAACGCGCCAUCAUGAGCGAGGACACCAACGAGCAGAUAGGAAUCAAGAAGACGUUGGUGUUCUACGAGGGCCGCGUGCCUCAUGGCAAAAGGACCGACUGGGUCAUGCACGAGUAUCACCUAAACUCCAAGCAUUUGGGCAGUAAUCACAAUGAAGGCGAGAUGCUGCCUUAUGUGGCAUGUCGGAUCAAGAACAAGAAAAACAAGAAAGCGACGAUGUGUCACGCUCCAACAAUUAGCCCAGAAGGCUAUUCAAGAAGCCCCUCACGUCCACUAGCAAUGUAUACCCCUCUGUGAAUCAGGAAGGGGACUUGCUGACCUUCCGUAACACCAUCAACAUUGAAAUUGCUGAUAACCAAGGAGCUGCUGAUACUCAAUCCGAGAUAUCACCAGAAGAGUUCAUGGAGUUGCUAGCUCCAUUUCAGCCACAGGAUAACUAUCUGUCAAGCUACGACAACGCUCCAAUGUAUCAGUCACAGGCAGAAGCAGAGGAAGAAUGGUUGUCCUUUCUACAUUCCCCAGUUAACAACAAUGGGGAUGAGUUUGUCCACAAAGACAAUCCCGUGAAUGAGGACUUCUCUACUGCGACGUUUGACAAGGAUUGGACCGAUGUCUGAGGACUUCUCUACUGCGACGUUUGAAGAUGAUUAUUGUGAUUUGGAAGGAGUGUGCGUGAGUGUGUGGGCUUUACUUGUGAUGUAUUUAGGAUUGCGAGUGUGGCUUUUGGAGUGAAACAAGGAAACAUAUGAAGUUUAAUAAUUUGUGCUUGUCAAGUUUGAGAGACGUGCUUCUUCUUGUAUUUCAGGUUGUGUCUUGUGCUAAUUAAGAUGUAGUACUUCAAUACAUAUUGUUAUGUUAUUCAGGGUA